AUGAAACUCAAUUUCGCUAACCCGGCGACGGGUCAACAAAAGUUGUUUGAGAUUGAUGACGAGAAGAAGUUACGUAUUUUCUACGACAAACGCAUGGCUCAAGAAGUUGAGAUUGAUGGUCUUGGAGAAGAAUGGAAGGGAUACGUUGUCCGCAUCACCGGUGGAAAUGAUAAGCAAGGUUUCCCAAUGAAACAAGGUGUGUUGACGAAUGGACGUGUUCGUCUUUUGCUCGCAAAGGGAGAUUCGUGCUAUCGACCUAGAAAAGAUGGUGAAAGAAAGAGAAAGUCUGUACGUGGAUGCAUCGUUGACGCUAAUCUUUCAGUGCUUUCUCUCGUAGUUGUGAAGAAGGGUGACCAAGAUAUCGAAGGUCUCACUGACAAAGUUCUUCCCCGUCGCCUAGGUCCCAAAAGAGCAACGAAAAUCCGAAAACUGUUCAACCUUUCCAAAGAAGAUGACGUGACCAAAUACGUCAUAACUCACGAGAAAUCGCGUGGUGAAGGAAAGCCGCCUCGUGUGAUUGCCCCGAAGAUUCAGAGGCUAAUCACCCCAACUGUAAUUGGAAGGCGCAAAGCACUGCUCAGAAAGAAGAUUCAACAGCGAAACAAGUCCCGCGAGGAAGCUGCUGCUUAUCACAAGCUCAUGACUAAAUUCGCUAAGGAGGUCAAAGACCAAAAAGUUGCCCGAAGAAGGUCCUCCGCCUCUAGGUCUUCUGAGACUGAUAUGAAAAAGGGUACAAAGAAAUGA